GGCUGUGCCAGGUGAAUGCUCAGGUAUGCGGAGGCGGAGGUAGGACGGCCCUGGGAGGGAGCAGGAGGAGGGGCCGGCAGCCUGGAAGGGAAAGGACAGCGGAGAGCAGGGCAGAGCCUGAGCAGGCAGGGCACCUCCAGGUGGGCAGGAGCUACCACUCAGCACCAUGAGCACCACCACAGGAAGCUGCCCCGAAGCCAAGCGCCAAGUCUAUCUAUGCACCUGGUGACGUUCUGCCUGGGUGAGGACGAUGGCGUGCAUACUGUGGAGGAUGCCUCCAGGAAGCUGGCCGUCAUGGAUAGCCAGGGCCGAGUCUGGGCACAGGAGAUGCUGCUGCGAGUGUCUCCCGACCAUGUCACGCUGCUCGACCCGGCCUCCAAGGAGGAGCUGGAGUCGUACCCACUGGGCGCCAUCGUGCGCUGUGACGCGGUGAUGCCACCCGGCAGGAGCCGCUCGUUGCUGCUGCUCGUGUGCCAGGAACCUGAGCGCGCGCAGCCCGACGUGCACUUCUUCCAGGGCCUGCGCCUCGGGGCGGAGCUGAUCCGAGAGGACAUCCAGGGGGCUCUGCACAAUUACCGCUCGGGCCGCGGGGAGCGCAGGGCGGCGGCGCUCAGGGCAACGCAGGAGGAGUUGCAGCGCGACCGCUCACCCGCCGCUGAGACCCCGCCCCUGCAGCGCCGCCCAUCAGUCCGCGCAGUGAUCAGCACCGUAGAGCGGGGCGCGGGCCGCGGACGACCCCAGGCGAAGCCCAUUCCCGAGGCAGAAGAGGCGCAGAGGCCUGAGCCGGUGAGGACCUCGAGCAACGCUGACUCGGCCUCCCCGGACCUGGGUCCCCGGGGUCCUGACCUGGCGGUUCUGCAGGCGGAGCGGGAAGUGGACAUCCUGAACCACGUGUUCGACGACGUAGAGAGCUUUGUAUCGAGGCUGCAGAAGUCGGCGGAGGCGGCCAGGGUGCUGGAGCACCGGGAACGCGGCCGCAGGACCCGGCGCCGGGCGGCUGGGGAGGGCCUGCUGACGCUGCGGGCCAAGCCGCCCUCGGAGGCCGAGUACACCGACGUGCUGCAGAAGAUCAAGUACGCCUUCAGCCUGCUGGCCCGGCUGCGCGGCAACAUCGCCGACCCCUCCUCUCCGGAGCUGUUGCACUUCCUUUUCGGGCCUCUGCAGAUGAUUGUGAACACGUCGGGGGGGCCGGAGUUCGCGAGCAGUGUGCGGCGGCCGCACCUGACAUCGGAUGCCGUGGCGCUGCUGUGGGACAACGUCACUCCACGUGAAAACGAGCUCUGGACCUCGCUGGGGGACUCGUGGACCCGCCCCGGGCUGGAGCUGCCCCCGGAAGAGGGACCCCCAUACAGACCCGAGUUCUUCAGCGGCUGGGAGCCGCCGGUCACUGACCCGCAGAGCCGCGCCUGGGAGGACCCAGUUGAGAAACAGCUACAGCACGAGCGGAGGCGCCGGCAGGUGACCCAAGCGACACAGCAGGGCCGAGGCUGGGAAGUCCGGGGGCGCGGCCGGUCCGCCUGGCCCCGCCUGACCCGACUCUCUUACUUCCUACAGCAAAGCGCCCCCCAGGUCGCUGUCAAUGGUCACCAAGACUUGGAGCCAGAAUCUGAGCCUCAGCUGGAGUCAGAGACAGCAGGAAAAUGGGUCCUGUGUAAUUAUGACUUCCAGGCCCGCAACAGCAGUGAGCUGUCGGUCAAGCAGCGGGACGUACUGGAGGUCCUGGAUGACAGUCGUAAGUGGUGGAAGGUUCGGGACCCAGCGGGGCAGGAGGGAUAUGUGCCCUACAACAUCCUGACACCCCACCCCGGACCCCGGCUGCACCACAGCCAAAGCCCUGCCCGCAGCCUGAACAGCACUCCUCCUCCACCACCAGCCCCAGCCCCGGCCCCACCUCCAGCUCUGGCUCGGCCCCGCUGGGACAGGCCCCGCUGGGACAGCUGCGAUAGCCUCAACGGCUUGGACCCCAGCGAGAAGGAGAAAUUCUCCCAGAUGCUCAUCGUCAACGAGGAACUGCAGGCGCGCCUGGCCCAGGGCCGCUCGGGCCCGAGCCGCGCAGUCCCAGGGCCCCGCGCCCCAGAACCGCACCUCAGCCCCGGCUCGGACGCCUCCGAGGUCCGCGCCUGGCUGCAGGCCAAGGGCUUUAGCUCCGGGACCGUGGACGCGCUGGGUGUGCUGACCGGGGCGCAGCUUUUCUCGCUGCAGAAGGAGGAGCUGCGGGCGGUGAGCCCCGAGGAGGGGGCACGUGUGUACAGCCAGGUCACCGUGCAGCGCGCGCUGCUGGAGGACAAAGAGAAAGUGUCAGAGCUGGAGGCAGUGAUGGAGAAGCAAAAGAAGAAGGUGGAAGGCGAGGUGGAAAUGGAGGUCAUUUGACCUGCCAGGCGCCCUUCGCAAAGAGUGACGAGGCCCCGUGGGAGAAUGGACUCUUCAGACUCUCCCCAAUAGCGGAAGUCGAUCUUCUGAAGGAUGGCCAAUCUGCUCCGGCCCUGGUCUUCCCCCCUCCCGGUGGACAGACUUAACGAUCCUUGCUGCAGUCCCUCCG